GCUUUGGUAUGGAGUCUCCCGUUGUAUGCUGGAUUCUCCUAGGCACGGAUCUGCAUUGGGGCUCGAAAAGCUUCUCAGGGCUCUAGGUUCUUCAGGUCGCUUAAAAGCGACCUUAUCAAAUGUUUCACUCCUUUCUGGAGCUGUCUUUCCUAGGGGUAGAGUGGGAGGGGGAUGUGGACUGCCCGUGCUCCAGCCACCGGUAGGGACGAAGGUGAAGACGCGGUUCUGUCUCCAAUACUGGGGGUGUGGGCUGCGCGGGAGAGUGUGACAAGCCAAUCUUGAUACAUCAUCAAAAGCAUAGUCUUUCCAAGAUGGCUUAUCAGACACCUCUUUAUCCUUGCUCUGUAUAUGUUCAUGUGCCCAGCAGACAUUUUGCUGCUGCUACAAAGCCUGGAAAGAAAACAAAAAAAGGUGUGAAAGACAAAGCAUCAGAUGAGAAAAAAGAUGAGAUAGAAAAAAUAAAGUCAUACUCCUAUAUGGAAGGCGAACCUGAGGAUGAUGUCUACUUAAAGCGCUUAUAUCCAAGGCAGAUAUAUGAGGUGGAGAAAGCUAUUCAGUUACUUAAAAAAUUUCAAGCUCUAGACUUUACUAAUCCAAAGCAAGGUGUUUAUCUUGAUCUGACACUGGAUAUGGCACUGGGGAAGAAGAAAAAAGUGGAGCCAUUUGCCAGUGCUCUUCGCUUUCCAUACCCGUUUGUUUCAGAAAUCAAUAAAGUUGCUGUUUUUACAGGGAAUGCAUCAGAGAUUAAAAUAGCAGAAGAAAAUGGAGCUGCGUUUGCAGGAGGAACUAAUCUGAUUCAGAAGAUUUUGGAUGAUGAAAUUCAAUCAGACUUUUAUGUAGCUGUUCCAGAAAUAAUGCCUGAGCUUAAUCCAUUAAAGAAAAAGCUGAAAAAAAGAUUUCCAAAACUAACUCGAAAUUCUAUUGGCCGUGACAUACCCAAAAUGCUUGAAUUAUUUAAAACUGGACAUGAAAUUAAGGUAGAUGAAGAAAGGGAGAACUUUCUCGAGACCAAAAUAGCAACACUGGAUAUGCCAAGUGACCAGAUAGCUGCAAAUCUGCAAGCAGUUAUCAGUGAAGUUUGUAAGCACAGACCACUCAGUUUGGGACCUUUCGUGGUACGAGCUUUCCUUCGUACUUCAACAAGUGAAGGUUUGUUACUAAAGAUCAAGCCAUUGUUGCCUAAAGAAGUAGAAACUGAAGAAAGUAACAAAGAAGAUGCCUAAAAAUGUUAUAUUAUGAAAUUAUUUUCAGUUUAUUAAGAAGCAACAGAGAAAAUUAUAAAACUGUAAUUUCUACA